CCCCGGGUUAGUCCCUCCCCCAUUUCUCCAGGAUCGGCUCGGCUCGGCUCGGCUCGGUUCGGCUGGGGUAUCUUGGAUCUGUGGCCAUGACGGCGCGCGGGACCGCUAGCCGCUUCCUGACCAGUGUCCUGCACAAUGGGCUGGGUCGCUACGUACAGCAGCUGCAGCGCCUCAGCUUUAGCCUCAGCCGGGACGCGCCCUCUUCCCGCGGCGCCAGGGAGUUCGUGGAACAUGAGGUGACUGACUUCGCCCGACGGAAUCCCGGGGUCGUAAUAUACGUGAACCCGCGGCCGUGCUGUGUGCCGAGGAUUGUGGCCGAAUACCUUAACGGGGCUGUGCGCGAGGAGAGCAUCCACUGCAAGUCGGUCGAGGAGAUCGCUACGUUGGUGCAGAAGCUGGCGGACCAGUCGGGCUUGGAUGUGAUCCGCAUCCGCAAGCCCUUCCACACGGACAGCCCUAGCAUCCAGGGCCAGUGGCAUCCCUUCACCAACAAAUCGACAACGUUGGGCGGGCUGCGCCCCAGAGAGGUCCAGGAUCCUGCCCCAGGCCAGGUGCAAGUACAGUGAAGAGUUGCCCCACCAACUCCAAUCCCAGGCUUUGGACUCGGCCCAGUAGAGGUGAUUCUUCCCCAACUGGUUCACGGGAUUCCAAGCCCAGGUAGACAGAUGGAGCCCACCAAAGGCAAAGUUGAUGCCAAAGCUAGUGCUUGGGAUAAAGAAGAGCUGCCUGUUUCUUUUUGGUGCCCACUGAGAGGGGCAGUGACUUUGUGAGUCUCCUAAUUGUUACCCAGUUGACAUCCGUGAAACCUGAGAGUCUUCAAGGAUCUUGCUGUGUCUUCUUCUCUGGAAUCAGAGUUCUCAGAUCACAGUGAGGGUUUUCAGGUUUGACUUCUGAAGAAUCUCCUGUGUCCUGUUUCUACAACCAUUGACCUAGAGAGAGCUAGCACCUUAUACUCUGCUGUGAGCCUGGAACUGGGCUAGGCCAUGUGUAUCUUUGUGAAUGUGUGUCUGCAGAUUAGAAAACUGAAGUUAAUAAACUUGCCAAGGUCA